AUGCACACUUGCCAUCUCAACUCCCUAUUUGACAUCUCUGCCAUGUUCUCUCCCAAACUCAAUCCCACAACCACACUUCUUUCUAACCCCUUGCUCUCACUUCUAUCACGUCGCACCCUCUUUCCGAACCUGCUCCACAGGUUCGGCAACUUCCGGGUUUUCCGCCGAGCCUUCGUCAGUCCGGAGGACGUGUGGAGGGAGUUUGAGCGCAUGGCUCGGGGAGGAGCCUCUUCAGACCCCAAGGGCUACUACGCUGCGCUGGGGCUGGCUGGUAAAGGGCGGCAGGCGAGUCAGCAGGAGAUCAAAUCUGCGUUCCGCCAGCUGGCGAUGGAGACGCACCCCGACAGGCAGCCCGACGAGGGGAAGAGGCGGGCGGCGGAGGAGCGGUUCAAGCGGAUUGCAGAGGCGUAUGAGGUGCUCAGGGACCCUUCCAAGCGCAGUGCGUAUGACAGUGACGAGGGGAAGAAGCGGGCGGCGGAGGAGCGGUUCGAGAGGAUUGCAGAGGCGUAUGAGGUGCUCAGGGAUCCCAGCAAUGAUGGUGGUGCUCUAAAAUGGGAGAAGGCGGGUGGCGGAGGAGGAGCGGUUCAAGAGGACAGCAGGAUCCAAGCAAGUGCAAUGCUUAUGACAGCAGUACGCUGUGAGCAGCAUGCAGACGAGGGGAGGGAGGAGGAGGGCGGCAGAGGAGUGGCUCAAAUGGGGCUGUGGAGGCAUAUGAGGUGCUUCUCUGAUGGCAGUGCACUGCGCGAUGUGUCUCGAGUUGUGAGCCGUGAGCUGCGAGCUGAGCUGUUCCUGCAAAAGUGA